CCGUCAGUUGUCCUCACCGAAUCUUGCAGAUGGCUGGGAUGCGGGCAGACGAGGAGCUGGGAUCGUUAUCGUGGCAAGUUCAUCUGAGCAAAUUCGUUCCAACGCAGACGGCUUUCCUGCAAGCAGCCGUCGGGAAGUUCUCUGGCCUGAAGGGUAGACCGACGCGAGGACACUGGUUGAAAAGCAGAGACCUUGUGACAGUAACGCUCGUCAAACGCGCUGAUCCCAAGCUUUCGACCAUUUCCUUGAUCUGUGGAGUCACUUACGAGCAUCAUUACGUGUUAAGGGUGCAUUUCUUCCAGCCGCUUUGUCGACCACAAGCUUCUGCGGAAGCUAUUCUUUCAAGAAAUGUUUUAGCGUGCUAUACCACAGCAGAUUCACCGGCACAGGUACAGAAGUUUAUUAUGAGAUUUGAGACUGCCGCUGCUGCUCAGUCCUUCUCCGCCGCCAUUCAGGGGUUGAUGAACGAAGAGAAGGAAGGGAAGCUGCAUAGCUGUGUGUCCCAGCCUAGCCAACCUCGAAUUGCAGAUGACGAGGCACCUUCACUUUCGACUCAACUUCAGAUUUUGUCCAGCAAGUGGAGAGUGUCUGGAACCAGCUUCAAGAACACUUGGCGCCUGAGUUGGCAAUUGAAGGCCUUCUUGAGGGAGCAUCACAGCAGCAAUAAGAAGCACCAGAGCUCGACCGGCUUCACAGGCUUUGCAGGUUCUUGAAACACCACCUGAUCUGACGGUGUUCAUCCCGCCCAGCCCAACCUAGGAUCCUAGUUCAUGAAGUUGCGCUGUUUUUUCUAGCAGCUGUGAGAUAUGUUCUAGAUCUGUGCGCAGGAUGUUUACAGAAUAUCGCGUUCAAGUAGACAAUGUCAACUUAUACAUAUUAUCUAUGUAGAAGUUAUAGGCUAGACUGAGGUAUGCU